UAAUAAGAGAAUUUUUUUUAUUGGAUAAGUCUUAAUAAGAGAAAACUUGUAAACCAGAAAGAAACCGAAAAGACCAAUUCCUAAUUUCACGUACAAGAACUUCACGAACUCCAUAAACACUACUCAAAAUUUUUAGGAAGAACGUGUCUUCAGCUCUCCAUCUAUAGUCUAUUUAUAUAUAUAUACAGACACACACAUAUUCUCUGAUCAGCUUUACAUUGCCACAAUCCUCAUUGCAGCGAUCAAAUUGAAUCCUCUAAUGGCGAAACUCUCCGAGUGCGAAGAAGAUAAUCAUCAGAAUCAGAUUCAAAGUCAGAAGAAGCCAAUGCAGAAGAAAUCAACCACGCCAAAGCCCUUCAACGCGACGCUCGAUCCCACCAAACCUAUGGCCUUUCUCGAGACCGUCUUCGACUUCGUCUCCCGCGAGUCCGAUCUCUUCAGGAGCGACUCCGUCCUCAAAGACAUCAUGGUCAUGCUUCGUUCUGUGAAAGAGAAAGCAGACGUCGCGGAGAGGAAGAGGAAGGAGAUGAUCAUGAGGCGCAUGGCGGAGGAGAAAAGGGCGGAGGCGUCAGCCUCAGCUCCUCCGCCCCCAAAGGAAGAACCCAAGGGACUAGUUCCCAACAAAGGUAAUGGUCUCGAUUUCGAUAAAUACUCUUGGGGUCAAAACUUGCAAGAGGUCACCAUCAAUGUUCCCGUUCCUCCUGGAACUAAAUCGAGCUCCAUUAUAUGUGAGAUGAAGAAUAAACAUGUGAAAAUCGGACUUAAGGGUCAGCCUCCAAUAAUUGAUGGGGAGCUUUACCUGUCAAUCAAAGUUGAGGAUUGCUUUUGGAGCUUAGAGGAUCAAAAAUCCAUUUCCGUACUUAUGACCAAGCAGAACAAAACAGAGUGGUGGAAGUAUUUGAUUAAGGGUGAACCUGAAAUUGAUAUUCAGAAGGCACAACCUGAAACCAGCAAACUAUCUGAUUUGGACCUAGAGACAAGGUCGACUGUGGAGAAGAUGAUGUUUGACCAGCGACAGAAAUCCAUGGGUCUUCCGACAAGUGGUGAGAUUCAGAAGCAAGAGAUUCUUAAGAAAUUCAUGGCUGAGCGCCCAGAUAUGAACUAUCCGGGGGCGGGACAGUUUGUUUAAUUGGAGUUCAUUACUUGGAGAUUCUACUACUCAUAAUUUUUUGUGAGGAGAGAAGCAAGUGUCCCUCUCAUAUUUUUUGGCUGUCUUUUGGAAUUAUGUUUUUUUUUUUUUUUUCCUCUCUAAACUUGAUAUGAUAUCUUUACUUUUUGUUUAAUAAGAUGACUUUUACUUUUUAGGAUAUUACAUUUUGAUUUGCAAAAUUGUGUGGAAUUUUGUGUUACCCCAUAUUUGGAAUCAUGGCUUGGUGACUAUCUUGGAUGUCUCUUAGUGGAACACGUUAUGUUUUUGAUGUGUUUAUAUUCCUCACUUCUACAUCAAAUG